AUGUCAUCGUGUGUUCAAGAAUCAAUCAAAAAGUCCGUGGCUAUUAUCGGCUGCGGCGCGUCCGGCCUAGCGGCCCUGAAAAAUUUCACCGCCGAUGAUUCGCAGUUCCAAUGUGUGGCUUUCGAACAAACCGAAAGUAUCGGAGGCACGUGGGUUUACACCGACGACGUUGACACAGAUCAGUACGGAUUACCAGUACACUCUAGUAUGUACAAAACCCUGAGGUCUAACUUGCCGAAAGAAAUCAUGGAGUUAAGUGGAUUUCCUCACAAAAAUGUUGGUGACGCUUGUUACUUUCCUGCUGCCUACAUACUGAAAUAUCUUAAUGACUUUACUGAUUAUUUUAAUUUAAGACAAUACAUAAAGUUUCAUCAUCAUGUAGAAAAUAUUAGCCCUAUCAAUAAUGAUCAGUGGGAAGUGAAAGUUAUUGAUUUGCAGCAAAAAAGUAAACAAAUUCUCAUCUUUGACGCAGUAGUAGUAUGUGUUGGUAACUAUAGCAACCCUGCUAUUCCAGAUGUAAAGGGUGCUGAUAUAUUUUGUGGAAAAAUUAUGCACAGUCACAGCUACAGAGAUGCAGAUCCAUAUAAAAAUAGUUCAGUGUUGGUUGUAGGUUGUGGAGCAUCCGGACUUGAUAUAUCAUUCGGUGUAUCAAAAGUAGCAAAAAAGGUUUUCUUAAGUCAUCAUAAUCCUAAUUUAAUGAAGUUGAAAAUUCCAUCAAAUUAUUUCCAUAAAACAGAUAUUAAAGAAAUUGUUGAAGAUGGUGUGGUUUUUCAAGAUGGCUCAUAUGAACAAAUAGACACAAUAAUAUACUGCACUGGCUAUACUUAUAAAUAUCCAUUUUUAAGCAGUGAAUGUGGCAUACGUGUUGAGAAUAAUGUUAUUAAAUAUCUUUUUAAACAUAUGAUUAAUAUUGAAUACCCAACAAUGGGAUUUAUAGGUGUACCUAGAAAUACCACAGGAUUUUACUUAUUUGAUCUUCAGUCAAGAAUUUUCAAAAAAAUUCUGGAAGGUGGUGUAAAAUUGCCUUGUAAGAAAGAAAUGAUGGAGGAUACCCAAAAAGAAAUCAAUGAACGUCUGGCUAGUGGUCAGAGAUUGAAGGACCUUCACGCAUUAGGUAGAACUAAAUGGGCAAUGAACUAUUAUACUUCAGUUACAAAAUUUGCCGAUGUCGAACAUCCACCACCAGUGUUAUUACAAAUAUAUUUUGAUGGUCUUGGAAGACUUUCAGAAGAUUUUCUGAAUUUUAGAGGUGACAAAUAUAAAAUCGUUGAUAGAGAACAUUAUCAGGUACAAUACUAUGACAAAAAUGAACCUAUAAUCAAAAAACAAAUUUUAUAUUCUUUUUAAAAUCAUUGGGUAUGAAAUUAUGUUUUACUA